AUGGAUAUUGGUCAAAGUUCUCAAGGAGGAAGAGGAAAAAAUAAACGUUCAUGGACAAAAGCUGAAGAAGAAGUUCUAAUUAAUAGCCUAUUGGAAAUGACUACAGACCCGUCUUGGAAAGCUGAUGGAAGUUUUAAGAGUGGCUUUAAAAAUAAGUUGGAAGAGAAAUUGAAUGAUAAAUUUCCAGGAUGUGGUCUCAAAGUCGUUCCUCACAUCGAGUCAAAAAUCAAAUGGUUUAGGGACAAAUACAAUGUGCUAUCAGAAAUGUUUCGUACUUCAGGAUUUUCGUGGGAUGAAGAGAAAAAAUUAAUACUAUGUGAGAGACAAUCUUAUGAUGAUUUUUGUAAGCAACAUAAAAAUGCUCAAGGGUUAUGGAAUGUUCCAUUUCCUUUCUUUGACCAAUUAGCAACUAUUUAUGGAUGUGAUCGAGCUACAGGGGCUAAUUCUGAAACUUUUGUACAAGUUGUGGGUAAUCAACAAAAUGAGACUAUUAACUUGGAUAAGGAUCAAACUGAUGAAGAUGAUGACAUUGAGGAUACCGAGUCAGUGAAUCAAUCAAAUCAAUCAACUCCAGGUGAACCUUCUUCAAAGAGAUCAAAGGAGAAGACUCCAAAAGGAAAACUGAGGAAGAGAAACUUAUCUGGUUUCAUGAGUGACAUGAACACUCAUAUGUCAACUAUUGCAAGUGCCUUGUCUACCACACAACAACAUGAACAAGUGAUCAUGGCUCGUGAACAAGAAGUAGAGGAACAAAAGAAGACUUUGAUAAAUGAGCUCCUAAAUGUACCAGGUUUGACUAGAUAUGAAGCAUUAUUAGCAUCGAAAAAGUUAGCAUCUAAUCCAAGUGAUCUCUCCCUUUUUUACCAAAGCCCAGAUGAUGAGUGGAAGAAAGAUUUUGUCCUCAAUCUCAUUCAUCCUCAUAUUCGCUCGAAUGAUAGUGCUUGA